AGGAGAAAGAGGAGGAAGAGGAGGAGCAGCAGCAGAAGCGCGCGGUUCCCCCGCCCGGCCGCUGAGGCCGCAGCUCCCCCGGCUCCGGCAGCAUCGCCCCCCCGCAUCCCGAGGAUUUGCCAUCGGCAAGGCGCGGCCGGAUGGAGGAGGAGAAGGCCGCGAGGAAGAGGAGGAUGCCCCGGGAGCCGCAGGCAGACAAGGAGCUGAGCACGGAGCCCAGGGAGGACAAAUGCCCGCGACAGAAGCUGGUGGGAGAGGCCGUUUUGAGCGGCUCCACGGCGCAGGAAUGCAACGGGGAGGAAAAGCCGCGGAGAUCCCGCACGAGGAGGGUCUGCAAACGCAGCCCAAGGAGCUCUGAGGAGGAAGGACCCUCGCUGGGCCGGGAAGGCGGCCGGAGAUGCGGCCGGAGGUCGGAGCUGGGGGUCCAUGAGCAGCCCCACGCUGGGGAGAAGCCCCACAAGUGCUCAAAAUGUGAGAAAAGCUUCAGCCAAAGCUCCAGUCUGAUCCGCCACUGGAGAAUCCACACGGGGGACCGGCCCUACGAGUGUGUGGAGUGUGGGAAGAACUUCAGAGACGGCUCUUACCUGAUUGACCACCAGAGGAUCCACACAGGAGAACGUCCUUACGAGUGUGGGGAGUGUGGGAAGAGCUUCAGGCGUAGCUCCGACCUGACUGUCCACCAGAGAAUCCACACCGGGGAGAAGCCCUACGAGUGUGGGGAAUGUGGGAAGAGAUUUAACAUCUGCUCCAACCUGAGCCGGCACCAGAGGAUCCACACGGGGGAGAGGCCCUACGAGUGUGGGGAGUGUGGGAAGAGGUAUCAGACCAAAUCCGAUCUCGUCGUGCACCAGCGGACGCACACCGGGGAGAGGCCCUAUGAGUGUCCCGAGUGUGGGAAGAGGUUUCCAAGCCGCUCCACUCUCGUCGUGCAUCAGCGGAGUCACACGGAGGAGAGGCCCUAUGAGUGUCCCGACUGCGGGAAGGGCUUCAAGCAGAAGUCUACCCUUGUUGUCCACCAGUACAUCCAUACCGGGAAGAGGCCCCACGAGUGUCCUGAGUGUGGGAAGUGCUUCAGGGAGAGAUCCCGCCUGAUCCAGCACCAGAGGAUCCACACCGGGGAGAAGCCCUAUGAGUGUGAGAAGUGCAGGAAGAGGUUUCACACCAGCUCCCAUCUCCGCUUCCACCAGCGGACGCACACUGGGGAACGGCCCUAUGAGUGUCCCGAGUGUGGGAAGAGGUUUCAGUGCAGCUCCAGUCUCCUCGUGCACCAGCGGAUUCACAGAGAGGAGAGGCCCUUCCGCUGCCCCGACUGCGGGAAGGGCUUCAAACGCAACUCCACCCUCGUCACCCACCAGCGCCUCCACACCGGGGAGAGGCCCUAUGAGUGUCCCGAGUGUGGGAAGAGCUUCAUCCAGGGCUCCAGCCUGAUUGUCCACCAGAGGAUCCACACAGGGGAGAGGCCUUACAAGUGUGGGGAGUGUGGGAAGAGCUUCAGCCAGAGCUCCAGCCUGAUCGGCCACCAGAGGAUUCACAGCGGGGAGAGGCCCUACGAGUGUCCAGAGUGUGGGAAGAGGUUUCCAAGGAGCUCCAGUCUCCUCGAGCACCAGCGGAUGCACACCGGGGAGAGGCCCUAUGAGUGUUCUGAGUGUGGGAAGAGGUUUCAGACCAGCACCUAUCUCCUCCUGCACCAGCGCAUUCACAUGGAGGAGAGGCCCUUCCGCUGCCCCGACUGCAAGAAGGGCUUCAAGCACAGAUCCACCCUUGUCACCCACCGGCGCAUCCACAUC